GGAUCGGUUACGUGCAGUGAUACCAAACUUGCAGGCGAGGGCAAGGGCGACGCUAGGCCAGACGGCUUAUUUGACGGCAAGUUGACCAACAUGGAGUCCGAAAGGCUGUUGUCAGAGGAAGGGGACGAGACGGGGUCCGAACUGGACACCGAUUCCGGGCACCAGUCAGCCCAGUGUCCAAGCAACGCAUCCGGAACUUCGGACGACGGGUAUCGACUCGAGGGAGAGCAGCAUGCGACACAAAAAUCUGGCAUGACGUCGGUUCAGAAGAAACUGUUGGCCAGCCUGGCGGUGGUGAGGAUGUUGAACGGCUCUCUGAUAGCCGUCAUGAUCCCGUUCUUUCCCGUUGAGGCCGCUUCGAGAGGCGUCUCACAAACUGUCAUCAGUGGUCUAUUCAGUUGUUUCUCGGUAGCGAGGAUGGCCACAAAUCCGUUUAUUGGGCGUUUGGUGCUCCUGGUCGGCCUUAGCCGGUUGUAUAAUUUAGGCCUGGCCACUGCCGGCCUUACUACCAUCAUCUUCGGCACGCUCAAUUACAUCGCAGACACGUCUACGUUCGUGACAGCUUGCUACUUGGUGAGGCUGGUGGAAGCCAUUGGCUCGGAAGCCAUUACCAUCUGCGGCUACACCAUCGUGGGCAACCAGUUCCCCAGCAGAGUGAACAGGGUCGUGGCGCUGCUGAACUCAGCUCUGACAAUCGGUCUAGCGUUGACGCCGGCGAUCUGGGGUGGCUUGUUCGCCCUCGGUGGCUUCGGCACACCCUUCUUCACGCUUGGCGUCAUCAUGCUGCUGAUGGCGGCUCUCAACCUGCGCCUGAUGCCGACCAUCCAGGGAACAACCAACAGAUCUAGUAUGAAAUUCUCAAAGACUCUAUGGCUUUUCGCCAAGUCGACCGGCAACUGGGUCUGUAUGGUGACCGUGUUCACGUACGCAUCAUAUGUAAGCACGGUAGCCUCAGCCUUCGCUCCUUACGCCAAUGACGCUCUUGGCGUGCCACCAUCGCAAGUUGGCUUCUACUAUCUGGUUAACACUUCCGGUUACGCUAUCAUGAACCUUUUUUGGGGAUGGCUAGCUGACCGUCAACAAAAUCGCUAUAAAAUUAUGUCGCCAUGUCUCAUUGUCUCCAGCUUUGGCAUUUUCCUGCUGUCGCCAUCUCCCCUGCUAGGUCUGAAGCCAGUUUGGUGGCUAACCGGUCUGGGUAUGGCCAUUGCACAAGCGUUUUCUGGCGGUGCCUUGACUCCCUGUUUUAAGACCAUGCUUGAGUCGAGUAUCGAGGGUGGUCUCGAAGACGACUUGUCUACACAGUCACUUGUCUCCAGCGCAUAUCAAAUGGCAUUUUCGAUUGGCGUGGCUGUCGGACCUCUUUUAGGGGGUAUUCUUGUAGACAUCUACGGCUUCCCCUGGAUGACCACUAUGCUGGCUUUCCUCAUGGCCUCUGUCGGGCUGCUGGUCGGGGUCAAGGCCAUAUCUGCCAGCCAAGCUCAAUGUCGUGACAAAAAGUAGAGUUGCGAAACCAGUUACAACCAAGAGGCCUCCGGGAAACUUUGACGCUCUUUGCAUUCGGUUAACACACCUUAAUUCGCAGUUCCUGUAUUUAAGAACUUAUGUAAGCCUGUAGGAACGUGCGGUAGGGAUGUAGAAACGUGAGGCCAACUCACACUCAUAUAAUUGUCCGGUUUCUCAUCGGUUGUAUCACGCCAACGAAUGUAUAAAUGGAAACUGCGAUGGAACAAGAAAGGUUAAGCCAAGACCUUUAUGAUAAUGUUGAUAGAGUUGGCGAAACUUCAUGUUGCCAUUCUUAAAGUGAUUGAACUUGUUUAUGAAGGAAAACGUAGCGAGUGACUGCACCAGGAGGAGCAGUUUUCGUUUCCACGCGUGCCACUAUACGUGGAAAUGUGCCAUUGAUAAAAAAUGACUACAGUACUUUGCCAUUUAAAGCCAUUCACGUUUGAAUGUUGCUUUCUUUCUGGUAUGUGCUGAAAAGUAUUUAUGUCGGGAACCAGUGUGUCGAUGCUAUUGGCAACUUGAGGUGAAGGAAGGGCAAGCCUUUUGUUUACAUCCUGCUGGCAAAUAGACAAUCCGUUGGCAAUGUCAAUGAAUCUUCUAUUUUACUAAAGGAACAUAGAUAACUAAAGCAGCGAAAGCACUUUUCAUGAAUGGUGGGCAUUGGUGGGUUCCCAGGAAAACUGGGCAUUUAGAUGCAAUGAUAACGCGUAUUUGUACCGGUUCUCAGGCCUGACUGUCUCCAUUAUUGUAGUGAGCCUUAUCUGCGUCCUCAGUGCCAAUAUCUUCCCAGUUGCUCAGUGCUAACGCCGCUCAAAGCUUGUGACGACAUUGUACAGCAUGGUGGUGUAAUAUAC